AUGUCCCUUCAAACUGUCAUCAAUCAGAACCAGCAAACGAUUGCUUUCCUCGAAGCUAGGGAGUACGACAACGCGAUUGUGUCAUCUUCGUCGGCAUUGGAGUGCCUCGGUAGUAUCCCAAUGAUGAUGCCACAACAAGACGAUGAUGACCUUCUUCACCAAAUCUCCUCCUCCUCCUCACCUGAAUUUUCAUUCGAUCAGUGCAUGCUUCUUACCAGCAUUCCUGAAGGUGAUGAUCAAUGUGGAACUCAUGCAUUUAUGUACAACCAUGCCAUUCCGCUCCCUUCCAAUGUGACCGAUCGCGGCAUUAUUACACCCAUACUCAUUUUCAACGCGGCGCUUGCUCAUCAUUUGGUGGCGAUGAGAAAGGAUGAAAGGUCACCACAGUAUCUUGAUAGAGCAAUGCAACUGUACACCCUGGUGUACCAUUCACAAGAUAUUGUGCAGAAUCCCUUAUUUCACUUUGUUAUAUAUAACAAUGCUGCAUUGAUCGAUCUACAGAUCGGGAACAAGGACACAUGGAAGGCAUGCUUAGGACACCUGGUUCAUAUCUACAUGAUCCUGGUGGAUGAAAGCUGCAUCUCGGAACUACGGCACAUCCAAGGUUUUCUCGGGAGUCUCAUGGCUACCAUGCCAGUGGCGGCCGCGGCUUGA